UAAAUGAACAAAAAAGAAAAAUAGAAGAAGAAAUGUUCGUUUCCAAAGUCUUUCGACUCCCCGAAGUCUCUCCGGCCAGAAGGUUCCCCUCCUUCUCCGCCUGCCUCCCCGAGGACAUCCCGAGCCGGACCGCCGACCACGGCCCCGAGCCUCCGGUCCGGAAGCCGCCCAAGGGGAGCUCCCAACUGAACCGCUGGUCCAGGGCCCGGGCAAUACGGUCGGGCCGGCGGCUCGACUCGCCUGCCCUGCGGAAGAUGACCGCCCCUCACUUCUCCUCUCCUCCUCCUACCUCCUCCUCUUCCUCCCCUUCCUUGAGUCAGCUGGACGAGAUCCCACCGUCCAUCUCGGACGAUUUCCAGGACGACGGCGAGGUGGCAGCGGCGAAGGCCAUCUAUAUGGUGUCCGACGGCACAGGGUGGACGGCGGAGCACUCCGUCAACGCGGCGUUGGGGCAGUUCGAGCACUGCCUCGUUGACCGGGGCUGCCCCGUGAAUACCCACCUCUUCUCAGGGGUUGAAGAUGUGGAAAGACUUAUGGAGAUUGUAAAGCAAGCUGCAAAAGAAGGUGCACUGGUUCUCUACACCCUUGUAGAUCCUUCAAUGGCCAAAUCUGCAGAACAGGCCUGCAAACUCUGGGGUGUCCCCUCCACCGACAUUCUACGGCCUACAACUGAGGCUAUUGCUGCCCAUCUUGGUGUUGCACCCUCUGGGAUCCCCCGAGGUGCGCCAGGCCGAAAAGCUCCACUGACUGAAGAAUACUUCCAACGUAUUGAAGCCAUUGAUUUCACCAUCAAACAAGAUGAUGGAGCACAGCCCCGAAACCUUAAUCGCGCGCACAUCGUCCUUGUUGGCGUUUCACGCACUGGGAAGACACCCUUGUCGAUAUAUUUAGCUCAAAAGGGAUAUAAGGUGGCAAAUAUUCCUAUUGUCAUGGGGGUAGAGUUGCCCAAGGCACUAUUUGAAAUCAAUCAGGAGAAGGUGUUUGGAUUGACAAUAAAUCCAGUUGUUCUGCUGUCCAUUAGGAAGGCAAGGGCCAAAAGUCUAGGAUUAGACGGUGAAAUGAGGAGCAACUAUUCAGAGAUGGACUAUGUGAGGGAGGAGUUGGAAUAUGCUAAUAAAAUUUUUGUGCAAAACCCAGUGUGGCCAGUCAUUGAGGUAACUGGAAAAGCGAUAGAAGAAACUGCAGCAGUUGUUGUGAGGAUAUGCCAUGACAGGAAGCAGAAGUGCUUGAUGCCACGCAUUUCCAAACGAUACUAGAAUGAGUGAACAGAUGUUUAUGGGUCUUGUAAAUAUGUAUGCCUCCAUUGAAUUGUAUGUCGAAGCUUUCAAUAGAUUUAGAAAGUAUGUGCUCCAGAUGUGGAGGUUGAUUAUUCCUUGAUAUCAUGAAUUUGUUGGUAAAAAACUGUAUUUUUUUUAAGAAAAACCUUUUGGCUUUCAGAAAAAAAAAUUAAAACAAUAUUAUUGUGUAUGAGCUUAUGUUUGAUUUACAUAAAAAAAAGAGAUUACGUGUAUUA